AUGGAGGAAAUGAAAAAUGAGAACAAGGCACCUCAGGAUCAAAUGAAAGAGCACCAAGAAAGGGUCAAUAAAAUACCGGGAGCUCCUAAGUUAUUGCUAAAGAGAGAUGCCGGUCGGUUCGUUGAGCAACCGUACAGUGAUAGUGCUGCCUUACAUGUCAAACCAAAAACUUUCAAAAUGACGCCUUACCUGAAAAUAUACGAAGGCAAUGACCUCGUCAAAGAACAAGUAUCCUCCAUUCUGCUGAAGAAAUUCAGCGAAACCCUCACGGGAGGGGAAUUAACCUGGUACUCGCAACUGCCAGCUCAUUCCAUCGAAACCUUCGAGGAAAUGGCCGAUAAGUUCGUGAUGGCCCAUGCCGGGGCCAAGAAGGCCGAGGAAAGAGUGAAUGAUAUCUUUGAUAUCAAACAGUACCCGAGAGAAGGACUGAGGGACUUCCUCGCCUUUUUCAACCAAGUAAGAAUGACUUUGCCCAAUGUAUCAGAAGGAAUAGAGGUAGCCGCUUUUCAAAAUGGGCUAAACAGAAAUGACGAAGACGACCUCAAUGGGCCGACUCAUCUACUGACCUCAGUACAAGCAGAAUCCAGGAAAGAUCGGAGAAGUGAUAUCAAAAUAGAUCCAGCAACCUCAUGGCCAAACCGGGAAUCGCAUCUCCCAUAUGUCAGAACUACCGUUGUAUCCUCACCUCGCCAUGAAGAAGGCCCACCCCGAUCAAGAACAUGGACUCACCCGAAUGAAAGAGAGAUCGUCUACGCCUUGGAGAAGCUUGGACUAAAGGUUAAGUGGCCACAAAGGAUGAGGUCGGACACGAAUACCAAAAAAUCAGACGCCCUCUGCGAGUUCCAUCAAGAGCAAGGACACAAAACUAAAGAUUGCAUCACCCUAAGACAGGAGGUCGUAAACAUGCUGCGACAGGGACACCUCAAAGAAUUGUUGAGCGAUCGAGGAAGGACCAACUUUGCCAGGGGACGCGAACAACAUCAAGGGCCGCUGAAGCCAUCCUCGCCAGCCCGCACCAUCCAUUUGAUCAUCGGAGGUGGAGACGAUGCUUCCAUCAACAGCAUACCGACGUAA